AUGAGUGCAGAAGAAUUGUGCCUGAGUUGGGAUGAACAUCAUAAAACUCUCAUAGGAGUUUUUGAGAAGCUGUUAGAAAAUAGCACACUAGUGGACUGUACUAUUGCUGCUGAGGGACAGUAUUUGAAAGCCCACAAAAUGUUGUUUACUCAGGAGAAUGAGAAAAACCCUAUUGUUGUUUUGAAAGAUGUAAAAUUCCAAGAUCUUAAAGCCUUAAUCGACUUCAUAUAUCGAGGGAGAGUGCAAAUACCUGGAGAGCGACUAGGUGAUUUCACAUCUGCCGCUGAGUGCUUGCAGAUUAAAGGUUUAGGAGGCGGUCAGAAAAGAAAUUUUUCAGAAGGGGUUGAUAGAGCAUCUGUCAGCCAAUGUGUAAAGGAUGGCAGAGAUUCAUCUCCUUCCCUGAAACGAAUGAGGCGCAACUAUUCAGAUGUUAAACAUGCAGCUGAAUCACUUACCAGUGUUCAAAUAAUCAGCAGAGGCUGUGAAAGAAUUCCUGAUCUUCCAUCGUGUUCCACAUCUGCCAGUUCUUCAACUUUUGAAAAGACAUACAGUGCUCCCAGUCACUCAGUUAGAACGCAUGAGGAAUCUAAUGAAAAAAUUCCUUCUUUUACCGAAGAACAAAUGGAUUGUGUUGGUGAAACUAAAUUAGAACCCAUAUCUGAAGUUAUGUUACCUGAGAGUGAGUGUUUAGUUGAGCCAAAAACUGAAGUCUGUGAAGAAAUAUCAAUUUUGGGUAGUGAUGAUGAAGUGGAUGACGCAUUACAAAGCUGGAACAAUGAGGAAAGUAACAAUUCAGUGUAUUCAUCUCCCCAUGGAAGUAUGAAAGAAGUGUCGGAUAACUCAUUCUCUGGAACAUUAAUGGCCGAGCAGAGUAAUGCAGGAGGUUGUUCUUCAUUCAGCGAGCCACAAAGAAGCAGUUUUGAAAAUUCAGACACUAUUAGACUGAGAAAAAGAAAUCCAAUUACUUUGGAAAAAAAAUAUGAAGUCAUCAGCAGUCAUGAAAGAGGAUGUACUGUUAAAGAUAUUUGUGCCAAAUAUUCACUAAGUUCAUCGACAGUUUGUACCAUAUUGAAAAAGAAAGAAAAGUAUUUAAAUGAGAUCAAGAAUGGCAAAUGCAUGCAGUCUACAAGGAUUCUAAGCAGAGAAUUUGACAUUUUUUCUUUACAUCGGAGAAAAUGGAAAAAUUUUUAAGUGCACUGGAUGUGUAAUUAAUUACAACAUUCCAUAUUCCAAUUCACUAUUCAGCAAAUAUGUGAGAGAUUAUAUUUUUUAAGGCUCUGAAAGAAUGGAGAGGGGGUGUAGUUCCAAAGAGACUUUUUACAAGGAGUGGAUGUUUUAAUCACUUUAAAAAAGUUGAUUUACAGUGUAUUGUUAUACCAGGAGCAAUGGAUUCUGGUAAGGAUGGUGUAAAUAUGCACAUUAAACUAAGAUAGUGUAUUUAAAUGAUGAGCUCUGCAUUGAUAUGCAGUAUUCUUUUUGGGUUCUUUUCAAGAACAUUUUAAAUAUGUAUUUUUCUUCUUUUAAAUAAAAAUAUUGUAUUGAAAGAAUA